CGGGAGCUGUGGCUCAGAGACAAGUGAAUGACAUGAAGUGUUCCUAUCACAUCAAUACUAUGGACCACGGGAGAGGCGCAGGCGAGUCCGGUUAUCUCGCUGCCUGCCUAAUCUGCCACUCGCAUGGGUGAAUGGCCUGUGGCGCGCCUAUUAGCUGUGCGGCACAGCAAUCGGUUGGAAGAGUGAAUGCAUCCGGGAACUCGCAGCCUUGUCCACGGUGUCAAUGACGAGUCUCAGAUCAGGCUGUGCUGUGCCGUGCCACCUGUGGUUCAAAUGCUAUAUAUCUGCAUCGUCUGUUUCUUCUGUCUUCAUUCAACCCACCCUCCUCCAUCACCAAACGCAAGCCCGUCGAGAGGCAGGCUAUCACAAUGGCAUCUCGUACUCGCACUGACCGGCUCGCCAAGUACUUCAACCUCGUCCUCGGCGGUAACCGACCGGUUGCCACCGUCGAGAACUUCACACUGCUCCUGGAAGCGAUUGCCGAGCAGAAGCACGACCGCGCAGCAUGCGUGGAGCGCAUCGUCGCCAGCCCCGCGGCGCGCCACGCCAUCCACGCCGGGCUCCGACUCGCCACCGACCCCGACUUCUUGAACCAGCACACGGCGGCCUUCCUACAGUACCUCUCUGACCCAGCUGUCAAGACCCUCUGCAGCGGCCAGCAUCUGCGAGUUCUGCUGGGGCUGGUGGUCGAGCCGCGCACCGUGUGGAAUGCGUUCAUGACGGCCUUCCACGCCCAGCGCCUCACCGAGCCGGCCGUCCAGGCCCUGGCCUGGCUCAUGAUCGAAUGUCUCAUCACCCACGCGGGGGCCACCGACGGGGCAGAUCUGGUGAACGAUGCCCGGUCCGUGGUCGACACUGGCGCUCUUCUGCAGUCGACAUCCCCGGCAACUCGCGCCUACGGCCACAAGCUGCAGCAGUUGGUAGCGCUCCAGGCCAGUUCGAUGGGUACGGCCUUCGAGAACGCCGACUACGUCCCCGGCGGGCGGCACGACAAUGACCCCGUCGACUAUCGCCAGAUCGCCAUCUAUCCCACCCACGACGAGUUGUUCCGGUCGCCCGAGAAACCGUUCUACCGGCGCGCGGCCGAGAUCCGGCGUCUGCCUGUCGAGCAGCGGGCUGCCGGCCAUCUCGAUAAUCAGUUCCGGCUGCUGCGCGAGGACAUGCUCGCGGACAUCCGCGAGCAGCUGCAGGCGAUUAGGGGCAGGAAGAAGCAGAGGAGAAGACGUGGGACGGCGACGACGCUCACGGGCUUGUCUUUGGAAGGGAUCUGCACUGGCACCGGGAAGCGGAUGACCCCCUGCGGCCUGGUGAUCGCCUGUCGGCAGGGUCUGGAGGCGUUGACGGCCCGCGGGGACAAGGAGGGUCGCAGGGCGUUUCUGAAGAGCGACCGCGGCUAUCUCCGCCAUCAGUCGUUUGGCUGUCUGCUCGUCCGCGGCGGGGGUGGGGAGGAGAUUGUCGCCUUCGCCACGGUGGAUCGGCAGGUGGACUAUCUUCUCGAGGAGGUCCCCAAGAUCGUCUUGCGGGUCGUCGGGGACGAGGCCGUGAGGAAGACGCUCGCUUCCUUCGCGCUCGACCGCGACCUCGUCUUCGCCUUGGUCGAUACCGCUGUGUUCGCCUACGAGCCUAUUCUCAGACGUCUCCAGGAGAAAGCGGAGCUGCCUCUGGCGGAGGAGUUGCUGGACUAUCGACAUGGUAGCGAGAUCGCCCGGGCCCACACUGUGGAUGAACGGCUGGUUGAGGGGCUGGAUCAGGGUGUACGAACACUGCAGGACGUGCUCACCACUGACAGACCCAUCCGCCUUGAUGCAUCGCAGAUGCAGUCGUUUGUGUCUGGCCUCACGCAGAAGAUCAGCUUAAUUCAGGGCCCACCAGGGACUGGAAAGUCGUUCGUCGGUGCUCUCAUCGCCAAAGCUCUAUUUGACCACAGUAAAGAAGCUAUACUGGUGAUGUGCUACACGAACCAUGCCCUGGACCAGUUCUUGGAAGAUCUGCUGGACAUUGGGAUCAGUCCAUCGGCUAUCGUUCGACUGGGCUCCAAGUCCUCGCAACGGACGGGGUCGCUCAAGCUCUCUGAGCAGCAGACCAGCUCGAGGCGGACCCCGGCUACCUGGCGGAUUCUUGAUGAGAUCAAAGAACAGGCUACGGACUUGCGGGAGACUCUCGACGGCGCUGCUGGGAACCUUCUCAACUUCAAGACCCACCCCGACACCAUCCUUGAAUACCUUGAGUUCGAGGAGCCAGACUAUUAUGAAGCAUUGAGCCCCCCAGACAACUCCGACGGGAUGACUCUCGUCGGUGAAGGCGGCAAGGCAGUCACCUCGCAUUACUUGUACAGUCACUGGGUGCAAGGGAAGAACUACCCCACGGCAAUCCCCAAUCAGCUCAGCGAGCAAGCCAACGGUGUGUGGCGAACGAGCAAAGACACUCGCCAGGCAAAGCUGGAAUCUUGGACCAAGCUCCUGCUCGAAGAGCAGGUCACUAAUAUCCAGAGUCUGAUGCGCAGACUGGACAAGUGCGAGGCAAGGCGCGCAGAGCUGUGGAGCGAAGCGACCCGCGAGAGCCUCCGGUCGAAGCGGAUCAUCGGAUGCACCACGACUGGGGCCGCAAUGCACGCUCGAGAUCUUGGUGCUGUGUCCCCGGGCAUCGUGCUCCUGGAAGAAGCCGGGGAGAUCCUCGAGUCGCACGUCCUCACGGCCCUGGGAUCCGACACCAAGCAGCUGAUCAUGAUCGGCGACCACCAGCAACUGCGACCCAAGAUCAACAGUUACAGCCUGUCGGUGGAGAAGGGCUCGGGCUACGACCUGAACCGGUCCCUCUUCGAGCGAUUGGUGUUGUCGGGAUUCCCGCAUUCCACUCUAGCAAAACAGCACCGCAUGGUACCGGAAAUUUCCUCCCUCGUGCGCAGACUGACGUACCCGGAGCUUCAGGACGGCGAAAAGACUUUGGAUCGACCCGCCCCGAGGGGGCUGCAGGAUCGCGUCAUCUUCAUUGACCAUCGCCAUCCGGAGGGGAGCUUGGGUGGGGUGGCUGACAGGAACGACAGUGGUGGUAACGCAAGCAAGCAGAACCCUUUCGAGGUGCAACUGGUUCUCAAAAUCGUUCGAUAUCUCGGCCAGCAAGGGUAUGGCACGGACAAGUUGGUGGUACUGACUCCUUACCUGGGCCAGCUCCAUCUCCUCCGUGAGGAGUUGCGCAAGGAAACAGACCCUGUACUCAAUGACCUGGACUCCUAUGACCUCGUCCGUGCAGGACUGAUGACCCAAGCGAGCGCGCAGCACGCCAAGCGACCGAUCAAGCUGUCCACUAUCGAUAAUUAUCAGGGCGAGGAGAGCGAAAUUGUCAUCGCGAGUUUGACGAGAAGCAACAAGAACGGAGACAUCGGCUUCAUGGCGGCCCCACAGCGGCUCAACGUACUCCUCUCCCGCGCUCGAGAUGUCCUCAUCAUGAUCGGAAACUCGAGCACUUUUCUGGGUAGUAAGAAAGGGGAAGGUGUUUGGCGGCCUUUUGUCGAUCAGAUCCAGACGAGUGGACACCUGUACGAUGGCCUGCCCGUCAAAUGCGAGCAGCACCCCAAGACACUAGCAGUUCUCCAAUCGCCUGACGACUUCGACGCAAAGUGCCCUGAUGGAGGGUGCGAACAGCCGUGUGGGACGAAGCUAAAUUGCGGGCUGCAUGACUGUCCCCAGAAGUGUCAUCAGCUGUCAGAUCAUUCCAAAAUGCAAUGCCAAGCGGCUAUCGAUUGGAUAUGCCCGCGCAACCAUAAACAGAUAACACCAUGCUUCCAGCACAAGGGGCAGUGCCGUCGUUGUGCGGAGGAAGACAGGGAGGCCGAGCGCCGACGGCAACGGGACAUGGACCUCGACGCAAAGCGGCAAGCCAAGCAGCAGGAAUAUGCACGCCAGCUAGCCCUAAUUCAAGAUGAGAUUGCCGUUGAAAGACGACUCCAGCAAGAGAAGCGGGACGAGGAGGAACGCCAGCGUGUUCUCCAGCAAACCCUCGACGAUCUCGAACAGUUGAAAACGCGUGGUGCCGAACGCAAGAGAGACACCUCGCCAACUGCUGUCAACGCUGACCAGGCCAGUCAAAAUCCCGAAACACUGCCCGAUCGGAGCAAGAAUCUCAGCCAGACAGUAGCAGCAGCAGCAGCAGCAGCAUCAUCAUCAAAGGCUACGGCUAGCCCCGCCGGGAUGCAAGCUUUGUCUCCCUCGGCGCAGGACUGGGCAUACCAGAAGAAGUACGAAAGCGCACAAAGCAAGGAGCUAGACCAGCUGAUGGGGAUGAUCGGGCUGGAGAGCAUCAAAGCCAAGUUCCUCAACAUCAAAUCCCAAGUCGACGCCGCGGUCAGGCAGAACAUUGAUUUCCACGCCGAUCGGUUCGGCUCAGUCCUCCUCGGAAACCCGGGGACGGGGAAGACCACCGUUGCACGCAUCUACGCGAAGUUCCUCACGGCUAUGGGGAUCAUUCCCGGGAGCUUUAUUGUCGAGACCACCGGAUCGCGACUCGCCAAUGGUGGCGUGUCCGACUGCGAGAAGCAGAUUAACAAGAUCCUCAACAGCGGCGGGGGCGUGCUUUUCAUCGACGAGGCUUAUCAGCUGGCGCAGAGCAAUGGCCCGGGGUCCCAGGUCCUCGACUUCCUGCUGGCCGAGAUCGAGAAUCUCACGGGAAAAGUGGUCGUGGUUCUGGCCGGAUAUCGACGGCAGAUGGAGAAGUUCUUUGCCCACAACCCUGGCCUCCCGAGUCGGUUCCCGCAUGAAUUCGUCUUUGAGGACUACACCGAGCCGGAGCUCCGUCGGAUCCUCGAGUUUCAGGUCAACAAGAAGUUCCGAGGGAAGAUGAAGGUCGAGGACGGUAUGGACGGAUUGUACUGCCGGAUCGUUGCGCGUCGGAUCGCCAGACAACGGGGCCAUGAGGGCUUUGGCAAUGCGCGCACGAACGACCUUCUCGGUCCCGAGCCCAAGAAAGCGCUGCAGGAUUGUUCUGCUUGGAGAAAGCUGCAGGAUAUGAUCGGUCUGGCCGCUGUCAAGAAUACCGUCCGCGCCUUGUUGGACAGCAUGCAGGCGAACUACGAGCGCGAGGUCAAGGAGAAGCCUCUGGUCGAGUUCACACUCAACCACGUGUUCCUUGGGUCACCGGGAACAGGUAAAACGACGGUCGCUAAGCUCUACGGGCAGAUUCUUGUUGACCUUGGAUACUUGUCGAACGGUGAAGUGAUUGUCAAGAACCCAGCAGACUUCAUCGGGAGUGUCAUCGGCGGAUCGGAGCAGAAUACAAAAGGUAUUCUGGCAUCCACUCUGGGAAAGGUUCUCGUCAUCGAUGAAGCCUAUGGUCUGUUCGGCGGUGGAACUCGCGACGCAAGCGGCUCGAACUCCAACCAAUUCAAGACAGCGGUGGUUGAUACAAUCGUCGCAGAGGUGCAGAGCGUUCCGGGUGACGAUCGCUGUGUCCUGCUACUGGGAUACGAGGAGCAGAUGAAGGAGAUGUUCCAGAACGUCAAUCCGGGGCUUGCCAGGCGAUUCGCUAUCGAUGAUGCCUUUGCUUUUGCCGACUUCUCCGACCUCGAGCUGCGACAGAUCCUCGAUCUCAAGCUGGAAGAUCAGGGGUUUGUCACCUCCGACAAGGGUGCCAAGGUGGCGAUGGAGAUCCUCGCCCGUGCUCGCAACCGUCCGCACUUUGGCAACGCAGGCGAGAUUGACAUUCUGUUGAACGGCGCCAAGCUCCGUCAGCAACAGCGACGGGAUUGGGACCCCGAGUAUGAUCGGGGAGAACGGAACGAAACGAAUAUCCGGAUGCUGUUCCAAGACACCGUCGGCUGCGACGCCAUUAUCGAGAAGCUGGAAGAUUUACGCCUGGCCGUCAAGAACCUCCGAGCGCUUGAGAUGGACCCCAGGCAACAGGUGCCGUUCAACUAUCUGUUCCGGGGGCCUCCGGGAACCGGUAAGACAAGUACAGCCAGAAAGAUGGGCCAGGUGUACUACGAUCUGGGUCUGCUGUCAUCCGUGGAGGUCGUCGAAAGCUCAGCAACGGAUUUGAUAGGGCAGUAUAUCGGUCAAACUGGUCCCAAGACGCAGGAGCUACUGGAGAAAUCGCUCGGCAAGGUUCUCCUGAUCGACGAGGCCUACAGACUCGCCGAAGGGCAAUUUGCGCAGGAGGCAAUGGAUGAGAUUGUCGACUGCAUCACCAAGCCCAAGUUCUUCCAGAAACUUAUCAUCAUUCUAGCAGGAUACGACCAGGACAUCAAUCGUCUCAUGACCAUCAACCCAGGCUUGACCAGUCGGUUUCCGGAAGAGCUUGAGUUCGCCAGCCUUACACCCAACGCUUGCAUCCAGCUCCUCACGAAGCUGCUCCAGAAGCAGAAGUCCAAUUCCUCGCAGAAGACCACCGGGUUUGACCUGGACGCAUUGGAGUCUCCGCGGGCCGAGUUCACCAAGGAAUUGCGGGGCCGAUUCACGAGACUCACGCAGACCGCGAACUGGGCCAAUGCGCGUGACGUCCAGACCAUCUCGAAAUCAAUCUUCAGAGCUGCGAUCAUGGCCAUGCGUGACAAGACGAUCGUCAUCUGCGAGGAUCAUAUCAGCGGAGAGAUCGACAAGAUGCUGUCAGAGCGCACCAAGCGCACAGCAAACAAGUUCGUCUCCAGGAAUCCUACGCUCGAUUUACUCCAAUCCCAGGGAUUCGGUCGGCAGCCCGUCACCCCGGUGCUCACCACAGCAUUCAACCCGCCUGCAGCCUCCGAGGAUGCAGCCGCAAACAGGAACGAACCUGCUGCGCCUCCAGCGACCCCAGCACCGGAGGAGACCCGUCCAGGCGCUAUCACCAGGGACGAUGAGGUAUCGGAUGAAGUCUGGGAGCAACUCGAACGAGACAGACAAGCCGCACAGGCAGCAGAGGACCGAUACAAAGCAUUGCUCGACGCGGAGCGCGAGGCGGAGAAAGCAGCUAAUGACCUACCUUCUGAUCCCCCCGAUCCUCCGGCCAGAGUGUCUGACCCCGUAGUCGACGCGGAAGCUAAAAAGCAGCGUGAACAGCGCCGGCUCGAAGAGCUAGCUCGGCGAGCGAGACUGGAGGAACUUCGAAGGCAGCGUGAGUUGGAGGAACAGGCCAGGAAAAAGGAACAACAGAUCCAACGGAAGCUGCGUUCUAUGGGCGUUUGUGUUGCUGGAUACCAGUGGAUCAAACAGGAGCGCGGGUAUCGGUGUGCGGGAGGCAGCCAUUACAUCACGAAUGAGACUUUGGGGGUCUGA